AUGUGUGAUUCAUCAGAUUGUAAUAAUCAAGGCACAUGUAUCGGUAAUAAACAAACAUAUUUUUGUGUUUGUCGCCUUGGUUACACGGGAACCAAAUGUGAAACCACUUUAUGUGAUUCUGAUCGCGACUGCAACCAAAAAGGAAUAUGUUCAGGAACUUCUGCAGAUUUCAAAUGUUUAUGCAAUAUUGGUUUCACAGGAGAUAAAUGUGAAAUUCCUUUACAUGUGAAAAGUUAA